AUGGUCAGCCAAGCCUCCCUUGCCGAGAAAGCGACUAACAUGAAGCAAGGCUGGUCCAAAAUUCAAACAAGCAAGUCGGGCAAAAAGACGGCUUUUAGUGCUGGCCAAGUUCGCGAGACUUCAGAAAUGACCUGGCCACUGCCCAUUGCAGAAGACCUGUCAUCCCUUUCGACAAGCACAACCAACGAUACCACAGCAGCAUUCCCUGACUAUCGCAACCCAGCAAAUAACCUCAUCCUUGCACGCACAGCCUUGCUCGGCAAUCUCGACAUCCUUCAAUCAAAACAAGUAGCCGUAAAACAUCAACCCAAGCGUCCUCUGUCGGAGGUCAUCCAGUCGAUCCACUCGCGUGUCAUCCCGUACUCUGGCCACAUCAAAGAGAAUGAAGAUCUGACCCGCGCCAGAGCAGAACUCACUAAAACACUCAAAAAUCUAUGCGAUGCCCGGGCUCACCGCGCCAAAGGUAACAAAGGCAAACUCUUCUCGGAGCGUCAUCUUCGGGGGUUCAAACGAGCACACGCCGAAAACUCUCCCCUCUCCGCGUUACAGGAGAAAAUGAAACUCCACAUCGACGCACGCAUCGAACAGGCUUUGGCAUACGAGGGAGAGUACGGCUGGGAUGUCCUGCUUGAAGACCCCUGGACUUUGUACGGUGACAUCGACAGCAAAGGUAAGUUCCGUGAUUUCCAAGACCCGUACUGGCAUUUGACAGCAAUGUCGCCCCUGCAACCCGGCGGGGAGUUAACUCGCAAGCUCAUCAUUGCGCUGCUCAAGCUGAAAAACACCUUUCCUGACCUCUAUGGCGGUGUGGAGAUCAAUAUGCAGGCCGCGGUGAUUGGGUUGGGUGGUUGGAAUGCUGGUCCUAGGGUGCCUGACAGACAGGUUGUCGUAAAGCCCUCCAAAGCCAGUCGUCUGCUUGGUUUUGCCUAUGACUUUUCGAGCAGAAAGCAUCGUCGUAAAUCGUCGUCGUGGCUGUCUUUGUCGUCGGAUGAAAGCUCGAGCGAGCCUGACACGAGCGCGACCCACGUCGAUAAAUCUCGUGCGAAUGCAACCCUGGGUUUGAAAGCAAAAACCACGAACCUGGUGCGUCGUGUCGCCUCGAAAAUCUCGCUGCGUCGCCAUGGUAAACAUCCCGAUUCCGACUCUGAUUUCGACUCCUGCGAGGACAGCGAUGAUGAAUAUGCCGCAGCAGCCGAAUUUCUCAAGCAAGAAGCAAAGAGCAAAGAAAAAGUAAGUCAAUGGUUAACACUCGGCUUGGACGGUGAGUCGCUGUGUGAUCGCUCUUCAACUGUGAGUGAGGCUGUCGAAUCUACCGAACUAUCGUCACCUCCUACUAUCUCCAAAUCGGUGCUUACUUCAGCCUCACCCGCGCCAACCUCGCCUGUCGUUGCUGAGCUUCCCUGUAAGACAAUCGACAAAUCAGCAGGAGCAGCAACGACCCCAGUGAAGUCAACCAACAAAUUCGCAGCGUACACUCCCAUCUCCACAUUCUCGCCCUUCGAUGCCAUUAACAAUCAAGCACCAGCAUCGCCCUCGCUAUCCGCAACCUCCACCAAGUCCGGCUCCGGCUCCGACUCCGACUCCGACCUCAAUCAACACACCGACAUCAUCAGCUUCAGACCCGUGCAGGCCAUCACACUACAGCGCCCCACGACUCCAGCCCGCAUGGUCUCGAUCCGCAAGAAGACAAAAGCGAGUCUUAAGCGCACAGCCUCCGUGCUGUCAUCGAAACCAUUGAGCAAACCAAAGGCGAAGGGCUCAGCAACAGGACCCGAGCAGACCUCAUCAUCCAGAUCAUCAUCAUCAUCAUCAUCAUCAUCAGCGUCGUGGUCGACUGGGAAUCAUGCUUUCCACGGCGGUUUCAUCGACUAG